AUGGACACAGACUUGUUUGACACCGUUCCAGAUGCUGAUUUUAAUCCCAAUACCGCUGCGCAAGUCAUCUAUUGUCAAUCAUUCACACUCAACGAGCCACAAACUAUUGAUGCGUAUGGCGACACGAACGACACUGCACUUGAGCCCAUUCAGGUCGUUCUUCAAUACAGUGGAUCAAUCCGUACUGUUCCGCUAGUUUCAUUCUACUGA